AUAUAUAUAUAAAAAAAAAAGCUAACAUUAAAUGAAGAAAAAAGGAGUCAAAUCAACUGUUGUGAGCAGUAAAACCAGUUCCACGUCAACUUCAAAGUUAAAAAGAAGUCGUUCUAUAGGAGAAGAAGAAGUUUCUGUAUCUGUAAAAGAAGCAAAAUUAGAAACCACUUCUGAUGUAUUUUCGAUCUUUAAACCACAAGCUGAUAUUCAAUGGCGUGAAUUUGAGUCCGUUAUGAUCGGACAAUAUUUGACAUCAGAUAUUAAAAAAAUCGAAGGUCGAUCUAAGAUUGGCGCUUUUGAUUUGGAUAGCACUUUAAUAAUUGUAAAUGGGACUCAUAAACGGUCAAAAGAUGAAAAUGAUUGGAAAUGGCGGAGUAAAGUUAUUCCUAAGAAGUUGAAACAAUUAUAUGAAGAAGGUUACAAGAUUGUUAUAAUAACUAAUCAAGGUGGAUUGGAAAUUUCAAACAAGACCAGUGAAAAGAAAAGAAAAGAAUUCAAGGCUAAAAUUAAGAAUAUAGUUAACAAUUUAAAUGUACCUUGCGAAAUUUAUGCUGCAACUGCAAGAGAUAAAUAUCGAAAGCCAAUGAUCGGAAUAUGGAAAUAUAUUACAGAACAUGGGAAUGACGGAGUUAUCACUGACAUGGAAGAGAGUUUUUAUGUUGGUGAUGCUGCUGGUCGUGGUGAAAACUGGAAACCAAAUGCACCACGUGACUGGAAUGAUACCGAUAGAAAAUUUGCUGAAAAUAUUGGAAUUAAAUUCUAUACACCCGAAGAAUUUUUUGAAAAUGAUAAACCGGCACCUUAUUCCUACGGUGAUUUUAAUCCGAAAAGUCUUUCACAGGACGUUGAAUUAUUUGCUCCCGCUUCACCAUCACUUGUUCCAUCAGAUAGACAUUGUGAAGUAAUUGUGUUUGUUGGAUAUCCUGCAAGCGGAAAAUCUUCAUUCGCUGAGAAAUGGUUAAUAUCUAAUGGAUAUGUACAUGUGAAUCAGGAUAAAUUAAAAACAAAAGCAAAAUGUAUCAAAAGCUGCGAAGAAGCUUUGCAGGAAAAAAAACCUGUUGUUAUAGAUAAUACAAACGCUGAUGUUGAAAGUAGGAAAGCAUAUAUUGAUCUGGCAAAAAAUUAUAAAGUUCCAGUCCGAUGUUUUUGGUUCCAAGCGUCAGAAGCUUUGGCUAAACAUAAUAAUAUGUAUAGAGCUUAUGGCAAUAUUGACGGACCUCGCCCAUUACCUGAAAUUGCAUAUUCAGGAUUUAAAUCAAGAUUUGUUGAACCAAAAUCUGAAGAAGGAUUUGAUGAAAUUAAAAAGAUUAAUUUUGUUUUUGAAGGGAAUGAUGAUGAAAAAAGAAAAUGGGAGAUGUGGUAUACAUGAUUAAUAGAUUUAGAUUUAUCAACAAUAAAUGAUAUUUAAUUAUAUUAAUGAAACUAGAGACUAGAUGUGUUCUACCGUAUAUAAGUAGUUAAUAGUAGUCAGGGUUCUGUAUUAGUUUAUAGAUUUUAGAAAGUUAAUAAGCAUUAUAAAAGUCAUGUUACUUCUAAAAUAUGUUAUAAGUGAUAUGACAAAUGUUAGCUACAUUUUAUAUUUUAAGCAGAAGAUAUUAAUUCUUUAUUUUUAAUACGUAUUUUUUUUAAAGCAUCUUAUAAUGUUUAAAUUAAAUUGUAUUUCUAUAAUUUAAAUAGAUUUAAUUACAAAGUUAAGUGAAGAUGAAUAAGAGUAGAG